AUGGACUCCGAGAUGGUUAAAACCCCAUUCGUAGCCAAAUACAUGAAUUAUAUAUACCUGAGACGUAUAUGGAAAUUUUCAAUGAUCAAGCCGUUGUUGAUUCAUUGUUCCAAUAACGUCUCGAGGAACAGAGAUUAUUGGGUGGCGGGAGAUGUAAGAUUUGUAGAAUGGUUAGCGAAUACCGAUGAAACAAUAACAUCUAAGAACCUCGAAGUGCUUGCCAAAAUGAUUCUAUACGAUUCUAAACCUGAUUCAGCAAUUCAUUCUUUAGUUUUGACAAGGAAACUUGUUCUUAACCUGUUCAGCUUACAACAAACACGUCACUUUUUCUUUCAACGAGAGAUAACAACUGGAUUAUCGAUCUUCAAAUUAGGGAGGACAAGAAUCAUGAUGAUCCGGGACGCUUCUCAUAAUACAAAGCGCCGAUCGACAAAGAACGAGAUACACGUAUUACUUACUGCACAUGACAAAGGUAUAUCGGACGCGCCUUUGUCUAUCCUCUCCAACUAUGUCAGGAGCGGUGCCAUUAGUAACAUUACUUAUGAAAUUUUAGACAGCGCUUUGGUGAUAUGA